GGGCGCCGGGCGGCCACCGAGGUAGUGCGGGAACUCGCGGAGCGGCGGCGACAGCAGGCCGGAACCGGCGGAGGCAGCGCUCGCUGCGAUAGUCCGUGCGCGGCGGCGGCGGGUGCGGAGGGCCGCCCGGAGGAGGCGACUGCGCCAUGGACGAGCCGACCUUCUGCGAGGCGGCCUUGGAGCAGGCUCUGGGCGAGCCCUGCGAGCUGGACGCGGCGCUGCUGACUGACAUCGAAGGUACAGUCGGCGUGGUGCGGGGACGGGCUGGCCAGUCGCCUGGGUGCCCCGAGGGGGCGGCGGGCGCAGGCCGCGGAGCCAUGGAAUGCACGUUCGAAGACAUGCUUCAGCUCAUCAACAACCAAGACAGUGACUUCCCAGGCCUGUUUGACCCACCCUAUGCUGGGGGCAGAGCAGCGGGCACAGACCCUGCCAGUCCUGAUGCCAGCUCCCCAGGCAGCUUGUCCCCACCUCCUGCCACGAUGAGCUCCCCACUCGAAGGCUUUCUGGGGAGUCCUAAGGCGAUACCUCCACCCUUGUCCCCUCCCCAGCCCGCCCCCUCCCCACUGAAGAUGUACCCAUCUGUGCCCGCCUUCUCCCCGGGGCCUGGUAUCAAGGAAGAGCCAGUGCCACUGACCAUCCUGCAGCCCCCGGCCACACAACCCCUGCCGGGGGCCCUCCUGCCCCAGAGCUUUCCGGCACCGGCCCCACUGCAGUUCAGCUCUGCUCCCAUGUUGGGCUAUGCCAGCCCUGCUGGAGGCUUGUCCACAGGGACCCCUCCAGGGAGCACCCCGCAGCCGCUGCCUGGCCUGCCACUGGCUUCCCUUCCGGGGGUCCCGCCCGUCUCUUUGCACACCCAAGUCCAGAGUGUGGCCCCUGGAACAACCACUGUGACCUCACAGAUCCAGCAGGUCCCGGUUCUGCUGCAGCCCCACUUCAUCAAGGCAGACUCAGUGCUCCUGGCAACCAUGAAAGCAGACACAGGAGCUGCCAUGCAGGCGGCAGGUGUCAGUUCCAUGGCCCCUGGCACAGCUGUGCAGACAGGACCCUUGCAGGCCCUAGUGAGUGGUGGAACCAUCCUGGCGACAGUGCCACUGGUAGUGGAUGCUGACAAGCUUCCCAUCAACCGGCUGGCAGCUGGCGGUAAGGUGCUGGGCUCAUCCCAGAGCCGUGGUGAGAAGCGCACAGCCCACAAUGCCAUUGAGAAACGCUACCGCUCCUCCAUCAAUGACAAGAUCGUCGAGCUCAAGGACCUGGUGGUGGGCACUGAGGCAAAGCUGAAUAAAUCUGCUGUCUUGCGCAAGGCCAUCGAUUACAUCCGCUUCCUACAGCUGAGCAACCAGAAACUCAAGCAGGAGAACCUGAGUCUGCGCACUGCUGCCCACGAAAGCAAAUCAUUGAAGGAGCUCGUGUCAGCCUGUGGCAAUGGAGGAAACACAGAUGUGCCCAUGGGAAGCACGAAGCCCGAGGUGGUGGACACACUGAGCCCACCGCCCUCGGACGCAGGCUCACCCUCACAGAGCAGUCCCUUGUCCCUUGGCGGCAGGAGUGGUGGCAGUGGCAGUGACUCGGAGCCUGACAGCCCAGUCUUUGAGGACAGCCAGGUGAAGCUGACGUCCCCCCACAGCCGGGGCAUGCUGGACCGCUCCCGCCUGGCCCUGUGCACUCUUGUCUUCCUCUGUCUCUCCUGCAAUCCCUUGGCCUCCCUGCUGGGCAGUUGGGGUGCCCCUGGCCCCUCAGGUGCCACCAGCAUCUACCAUAGUCCUGGGCGCAACAUGCUGGGCAUGGAGGGGAGAGGUGGUCCUGGUUGGGCCCUGUGGCUGCUGCCCCCACUGGUCUGGCUGAUGAAUGGGCUGCUGGUGUUGGUCUCCUUGGCAUUCCUCUUCGUCUAUGGAGAGCCAGUCACACGGCCCCACUCAGGCCCUGCAGUGCACUUCUGGAGGCAUCGCAAGCAGGCUGACCUGGACCUGGCCCGGGGGGACUUUGCCCAGGCCACCCAGCAGCUGUGGCUGGCCCUGCGUGCACUGGGCCGGCCGCUGCCCACCUCCCAUGUGGACCUGGCCUGUAGCCUGCUCUGGAACCUCAUCCGCCACCUGCUGCAGCACCUCUGGGUGGGCUGCUGGCUGGCAGGCCGGGCGGGGGGUCUGCAGAGGGACUGUGCUCUGCAGGCGGACGCCCAUGCCAGCGCCCGGGACGCGGCACUUGUCUACCACAAGCUGCACCAGCUGCACACCACGGGGAAGUACACGGGCGGGCACCUCUCUGCUACCAACCUGGCACUGAGCGCCCUGAACCUGGCGGAAUGUGCAGGAGAUGCUGUAUCUGUGGCGACACUGGCUGAGAUCAAUGUGGCUGCUGCGCUGAGGGUCAAGACCAGUCUCCCGAGGGCCUUGCAUUUUCUGACACGCUUCUUUCUGAGUGGUGCCCGCCAGGCCUGCCUGGCACAGAGUGGUGCAGUGCCUCUUGCCAUGCAAUGGAUCUGCCACCCUGUGGGCCACCGUUUCUUUGUGGAUGGAGACUGGGCUGUGUGCAGUGCCCCACGGGAGAGCCUGUACAGCUUGGCCAGGAACCCAGUGGACCCCCUGGCCCAGGUGACUCAGCUCUUCCGUGAACAUCUCUUGGAGCGAGCACUGAAUUGUGUGGCCCAGCCCAGUCCCAGCCCUGGAUCAGCUGAUGGGGACAAGGGCUUCUCAGAUGCCCUGGGGUACCUGCAGCUGCUGAACAGCUGUUGUGAAGCCGCUGGGGCUCCUGCCUGCAGUUUCUCUGUCAGCUCCAGCUUGGCUGCUACCACUGGCACAGACCCUGUGGCCAAGUGGUGGGCCUCGCUGACGGCUGUGGUGAUCCACUGGCUGCGGCGCGAUGAGGAGGCUGCUGAGCGGCUCUACCCGCUGGUGGAGCACCUGCCGCGUGCAUUGCAGGAGUCUGAGAGACCCCUGCCUAGGGCAGCUCUGCACUCCUUCAAGGCUGCCCGCUCCCUGCUGGGCCGUGGGAAGGCAGAGUCUGGCUCGGCCAGCCUGGCCAUCUGUGAGAAGGCCAGUGGGUACAUGCAGGAUAGCCUUGCCACGACACCAGCUGGCAGCUCCAUUGACAAGGCCAUGCAGCUUUUCCUGUGUGACCUGCUCCUUGUGGUGCGUACUAGCCUGUGGCGACAACAGCAACCUCCUGCACUGGCCCAGGCUUCCCAGGGCCUGGGUGGUGGGGCCCAGGCCUCUGCCCUUGAGCUGCAUGGCUUCCAGCGGGACCUGAGUGGCCUGAGGCGUCUGGCACAGAACUUCCGGCCUGCCAUGCGGAGGGUGUUUCUGCAUGAGGCCACAGCCCGGCUGAUGGCAGGGGCCAGCCCCACGCGGACACACCAGCUCCUGGACCGCAGUCUGAGGCGGAGGGCAGGCCCCUGUAGCAAGGGAGGUGCGGCAGAUCUGGAGCCGAGGCCCACCCGGCGGGAGCAUGCAGAGGCCUUGCUCCUCGCCUCCUGCUACCUGCCACCUGGCUUCCUAUCGGCACCAGGGCAGCGUGUAGGCAUGCUGGCCGAGGCUGCGCGCACGCUCGAGAAGCUUGGCGAUCGCCGACUGCUGCACGACUGCCAGCAGAUGCUCAUGCGCCUGGGCGGCGGGACCACAGUCACCUCCAGCUAAAUCCCCGCCGGUGGCACCCACUUCAGCGCCCUUCCGCCUGAAUGCGGUGCCAAAGCAGCCCUGGAGCCCGCAGUGUCCACGGUCCACCCACGGACUCCACUGACUCCACGGGGAUGGGAGACCCUCUGGGGCUUUUGCCUCGUGACCUGGGAGGCUGCAGGGGGCGUGACCCCACCACCUCCACCUGCUCCCUAACCCUACUAGUGGCGGUCAGGAUGGUGCUGGUCUCUGGUGGCCGAUCAGGGGAUUGCAGGGCCCGGGCUGGCUGGUGUCAGUCACCUCCUGGCUUGGCAGACACCCUGUCGCUUUUCUCUCCUGUAUAGAGAGAGGUACAGUUCACUGUGCUGAAGGGGGCCGCAUUGACUUUCCUGCCCAGCAAGGGGUCCUAGCUCCCUGGCACCUCUUCCUUUCCGGAGACCUGUGCAUAAGUAGAUCAGGGCUUGCCAGCGUCUUGGCCUGAGACCCAAGUGUUACUUUAUUCUUCUGCAAACUUUAUUUUCAUAGGUUGAUAAGUUUUGUACAGAGAAUAAAAAAACAAAAUUAUUUAUAA